GCCACGUUCGGAGCUAGAGUGCCGCCCGUCCGCCAGCCGUCCGGGUCCCCAGCGCUUCUAUUUCCCGGUGCGGCUUCUGUCAUAAAGCAGGGGCCUCUCUACAAACGUGUAGUCGUGGGUCCUUCGCGCCUCGCCGGGAGUCAGCGAAAAAGGACGGGCCCUGGCGGGGGUACUUCGCAGCCGACGUCUCUAGCCAGUCCUUGCGUACCGAGUCCGCACUGGCACCUCUAAUCCCUCAGAGCUAGCUGGCUCUUGAGCAUUCACGAAUUAGAGUCCCUGAUUCGCAGCCUCCAGGACUGCAGCUCCAGAAGAUAGCACUCCUUCGCCCAUGCCUGUCCCCAUAGGCACGCUCUGCCCUGUGAGGUGCGGCAUUUGACAAGUCACCCCUACCUCACACACCACUUCUACCCACGUUUACCUUAACUUCGUUGUUAACCUCCUUAAUUUGAGACCCCUCCCCUCUGCCUCCAGAAGAGGUCUUUUUCCCCCCACUUACGUAAAAGGAGUUUUGGGUCUCUUGAAGAAAGAUUACCUCUAAGACUGAGCACCCAUUCGAUAACUAAAACGAGUUCAUGCUUACUAAAGAGUUUGUGGGCAAAGUGAAACCCAGUGCACACCGGAAACUAUGGCUGAGCACGGGGCUCACAUCACAACUGCUUCUGUGGUGGAUGACCAGCCCUCCAUCUUUGAGGUGGUAGCACAGGAGAGUUUAAUGACAGCAGUGAGACCUGCUCUUCAGCAUGUGGUCAAGGUUCUUGCAGAGUCAAAUCCUGCCCACUAUGGCUUCUUUUGGAGGUGGUUUGAUGAAAUCUUCACUCUGCUCGAUCUUCUGCUCCAGCAGCAUUAUCUGUCUAAAACCAGUGCCUCAUUCUCUGAAAAUUUUUAUGGCUUAAAGCGCAUUGUAACGGAAGACACACAGAAGCUUCAGAGGUUGGCCUGUGCUGGUCUCCCAAAGCAGCAGCUUUGGAAGUCAGUUAUGUUCCUGGUUCUUCUUCCCUACCUGAAAGUGAAGCUGGAGAAGCUGGUUUCUAGCCUGAGAGAAGAGGAUGAAUAUUCUAUCCAUCCCCCUUCUUCCCGCUGGAAACAGUUUUAUAGAGCCUUCCUGGCAGCCUAUCCAUUUGUUAACAUGGCAUGGGAAGGCUGGUUUUUUGUACAACAACUUCGGUACAUCCUGGGAAAGGCUCAGCAUCACUCACCACUGCUGAGGCUGGCUGGUGUUCGGUUAGGUCGGCUUACAUUCCAGGAUAUACAAGCCCUGGAGCACAGACCAGCUGAAGCCAGCAUGAUGCAGCAACCAGCCAGGAGUGUUGGGGAGAAGAUAAAGUCAGUUCUGAAGAAAGCUGCAGGAGGUGCUGCCUUAUCCCUCUCUACUGGCCUUUCUGUGGGAGUAUUCUUUCUGCAGUUCCUCGAGUGGUGGUACUCAUCUGAAAAUCAAGAAACCAUCAAAUCGCUGACUGCCCUACCUACUCCGCCACCACCUGUACACCUAGACUACAAUUCUGAUUCUCCCCUUUUACCCAAAAUGAAGACUGUGUGCCCACUGUGUCGUAAAACCCGAGUGAAUGAUACUGUUCUCGCCACCUCUGGCUAUGUGUUUUGUUAUCGCUGUGUGUUUAAUUAUGUAAGGAGUCACCAAGCUUGUCCCAUAACAGGUUAUCCAACAGAAGUACAACAUCUAAUUAAACUGUACUCCCCUGAGAACUGAAAUGAAUUAGCAUUUUAUCUCACAACAAAAUUAUUGCACUAUAAGGCAACAGGACUGACUUUCAGCACAGUACCUAGCAUUGUUUGAUACUUCUCAUCCGACAUUCAUAAUUAUAUGGACUUUAAACAGAGUUGACCCCUGAACAUGUGUUCACUGGCCUCCCGUAUAUAACAUGACUCCCCCAAAACUUAACUACUAAUAGCUUACUGUUGACCAGAAGCCUUACCAAUAGUUAAUUAACACACAUUUUGUAUGUUAGAUGUAUUAUAUACUGUAUUCUUGCAGUAAAGUAAGAUAGGGAAAAUAUUAAGAUCUUAAAAUACCUUUAUAGUUCUGUAAGAAAUUCAUACAUAAGUAGACCCACACAGUUCAAAUUUGUGUUGUUCAAGGGUCAAGUGUAUAUGAAUUUCUUUAAAAAGCUGUAUCCAUUGAUCUUAACCUUUUAACUUACUCUCUAGACUCCUACUUGGAGUUUACCAAGCUGAUUAGAAUAAGAGAAUCAGGACUGACAGGAGACAUGAAGAUCAAUGUACAGGAAGUGGAUUAAAGGGGAUAGUUAGUACAGAAGCUUUUCCUUAAAGAACAAGAGGUAUAGAAGCUCUCGGGAAAAAACCAAGUUAGACCUUAUAAAGUGGGUAGUGAAUAGGUAGCAGCCCUUUUCGUGAGAAAAGAAAAGUAUUUAUCUGCCUAAGCAGAGAUUUUAUCAGUUUGCAAACAAUGUGAAACAUAGACCUGGUCUUUAUAGGCAUACUUAGAAACACUUUAGAAAAACAAAGCGCCUUCCAUAUACUGUGAUCCUCUUGUUAAGUAACAUCUGCUAUAGUUUAUCAACUUUUAAAUAAGAUUCCUUUAUGAGCCAUACGAUCUUUUCUUGGGAAACUGGUUAAAGAAAAGUAGGGGUUGAGGGUAUAUUGUUGUAUGAAGAUUUCAGUGUAAAAGCAAAUCAGUAAUUAAGAGAUGAAAUAAAAUACUGAUCUAACUAUGUGCAAAAGAAUCUUUUAAUAAGCUCUUUCUUCUUGCUGCUAAGAGUUUGCUAAACAGGCACAAAUUAUUCUGGACAUUACUAAGUUUCUGUGAAAUGCUGAAGCAAAUUUUAAGAAUAAAUGUUUUUGGCAAAGA